CGUCUUUUCGGUGGCUGCGGAACGCUGGUGAAGUUUUUUGUGCGUUGAGUGUAGCGUACAAAUGUGUAGACCUUGGUGGUCGUCGUUCGUCUAUUGCCUGACAGUGGGACUCGUCUUCAUCGAACACUCAGCGUACGGAAUCAAGUGGAAACAAGAGCCAACUUUAGUAAUACCACAAGAUGAAGCAGGGCAGCCUAUUUCCUGGAUGGCUACUAGUCUGGGUGACGGCACACAUGCAACAUUUGCAUCAGUCCAACUCAACAUUUUUGGACACAGUUAUAUACUGGAUCUAGAACAAAACAGGGGCUUAAUUUCUUCAUCAUUCAAGGCCAUUCAUUUUCAUUCAACAAGAGUUGUCGUUAAAGAGCAAUUUGAGAACUGUUUUUAUCAUGGAACUAUAAGAAAUGUGGAGGAUUCAAAGGUUGUAAUGAGGACAUGCAGUGGCUUGAGUGGUCUUUUCUAUCAUGGCAAAGAUCCAGAAACAUUCUACUUCAUUGAACCCGUUCAAGAGUCUGACGUCCUCGCAAAGCAGCUUUCAGACGGUCAUCUUCACAAUGUUUAUAGAGCGGCAGAUUUAGACAUGGAAGUCAAGAUAUUUCAUGAUGGGCUAAACAGCAGUCGAAAUGACAGCCAACAGAUUCUGUACAGUCAUGGUCUACUGGACGAUCUAAAGCAUGGACGAUUGCGAAGAGACGUGGUAUCAGAUGAAAAGAUUAUCGAGAUGGUGAUAGUAAACGAUCACAGUCAAUUUGUUGCCCGAGGAAGCAACACUACUAAUGUCGAAGCUCGAUCAAUAUCCAUAGCCAACAUCAUGGACAUGUUAUACAAGCCGCUGAACACUAGGAUUGCAUUGGUUGGAGUCGAAACAUGGAAUGAAAAUGAUCGCAUUCAAGUAGUGACAGACCCCGAACAAUUACUCACAAACUUUGGAGACUAUCGAGUUUCCGAGUUACUGACUCGCUUUUCAUCUCAUGACAAUGCCCAACUGUUGACAAAUAUUGAUUUUGAUGGUGACACAGUUGGGAUAGCUCCUCUGGAAGGAAUAUGUAUCGAUUCUGAAUCUGUGGGUGUUAACCAGGACAAUUUUAGUGAAGUUGAAACAGCAACUAUAGUGGCUCACGAACUGGGACAUAAUUUGGGAAUGGAACACGACGACAAUUGUAGUGACACCAAAUGCAUUGUGGAUGGUUGCAUAAUGCGAUCAACAGAUAAAUCAUCCACACUUGCCACCGAAUUUUCAAACUGUAGUCGGCAAGAAUAUGAGCAGACCCUACAAAAGGGCUUUGGAAUGUGUCUCUUUAAUUUGCCUUCUGUGAUAUUUGGUGGUCCUGUCUGUGGAAAUGGAUUCGUUGAGGAAGACGAAGGAUGUGACUGUGGAACACCCAAUGAGUGUGUUGCAAAGAAUGAUAUGUGUUGUAAUUCGACGACCUGUCAGCUGUUUGAAGGUGCAAACUGUAGCAGCGUGUUCAGUUGCUGCACCAGCGAUUGCAAAUUUGAAAGUCAAGGCACGGUAUGUAGAGAGAAUACUACCGUAUGUGAUAUAGAAGAAGUCUGCACUGGAUCUUCGUAUGAAUGUCCUGAAAAUGUACAGUUGUCAGAUCUAACCCCAUGUGGUGCUGAGGCCAUUUGCUUUCGUGGACGAUGCGAAACACAUGAUGAACAGUGUCGAGAGAUUUGGGGAGAUGGUGCAACCAAGGCUGAUAACAGUUGCUACAACACUUUCAACAUACUCGGAGAUGUGGAUGGAAACUGUGGAAAAUCGAGUUCAUUUAUUGCUUGCAAUGUUUCUGAUGUCCAGUGUGGAGUGCUCAUGUGCCAAGGAGGAAAAGAGGAGCCAGUAAUUAAUGCCAAUCAAGACCUUUUGUACUUUACAGGAAAUAUUACCACUGAUGACAAUUCUACUGCGAUAUGCAAGUCGAUAUCAGUUGAUGCCAGUGACACGAUCAACUAUAUUGGAUACGUAAACGAUGGGACACAGUGUGGCACCAAUAAGCUGUGUCAAUCCCAAAAAUGUGUUGAUUUCAAUUCUCUAAUGGUAUCCAGUUGUCCGAAGGAUCAAGAUGGUCACAUUUGUGCAGGCAAUGGGGUGUGUAAUAAUCUGGGUAACUGCAAAUGCUUUCAAGGAUUUCAAGAACCAAACUGCGCAAGUAAGAAUCACGUGGGUAAUGGGUCAGGGACUUGUCGAUCUUUUGAACACUUUGCAUAUAUUGUUGCCUUAUUACUAUUAACUGUGUGGUUUUAUUACUAAUAAAAUGUGCUUUUAGUAAA